CUUUGGCCACCCUAAAAAAGUGCAGGCUUUUUUUUGCGUGUAAGCAAACUUACUCGAAGUGUUCUGCUCGCGCAACCUUCCAUCCGAACCGUGCAUCUGCUUACCGAUUGCCUGGCGAACGCUCGCCUCAGCAGCCGGAGGCGUUCGGAGCGCGCACAGACGAGCCAUUUUAUUGGAUUUUUUUUUUUUUUUUUUUUUUUGCUUUCAUCGCUGCUGCUCGUUUUUUUUUUUCCUGCACGAGCAGCCUGCGAUCCUGAGCGGGCGUACGGGUUCAAUGCGGGGAGGGAGGGAGUAGAAAAAGGCAAAAAGUCUUUGUGCUUCCCUUCCCCCUCAUCAAAGCAAAGGGGAAAUGUCUCUUUCCAAAGGAGGGAAGAAAAAGAACCCUGGGCUGAAGCUGGCCAAAGAAGUCUUCGCACCGCCCCCACCGGCAGUAGCAGCGCCCCCUCGGGAUCUCGACUCCAAAGCUUGCGUCACAAUCGGAGACCAGAACUUUGUGGUGAAGGCAGAUGACUUGGAGCAGAUUGCUGAGCUGGGCAGGGGAGCGUAUGGCGUCGUGUAUAAGAUGAAACACGUGCCCAGCGGUGUGAUAAUGGCCGUUAAGAGGAUCCGAGCUACUGUUAACACACUGGAGCAGAAGAGGCUCCUGAUGGACCUGGACAUCUCCAUGCGGACGGUGGACUGCUUCUACACCGUCACUUUCUACGGCGCCCUCUUCAGAGAGGGCGAUGUCUGGAUUUGCAUGGAACUGAUGGACACUUCGUUGGAUAAGUUCUACAAGAAGGUCAUUGAGAAAGGCAAGACCAUACCAGAGGACAUCCUGGGCAAGAUCACUGUAGCUAUUGUCAAGGCAUUAGAUCACUUGCACAGCCACCUGUCAGUCAUCCACAGAGAUGUGAAGCCCUCCAAUGUUCUCAUCAAUACUCAGGGGCAAGUGAAAAUGUGCGACUUCGGCAUCAGCGGCCACCUCGUGGACUCCGUCGCCAAGACCAUGGACGCCGGCUGCAAGCCAUACAUGGCGCCUGAGCGCAUCAACCCUGACCUCAACCAGAAAGGCUACAGCGUGAAGUCGGACAUAUGGAGUCUCGGUAUCACAAUGAUCGAAUUGGCCAUCCUGAAGUUCCCUUACGACUCGUGGGGUACGCCUUUCCAGCAGCUGAAGCAGGUGGUGGAUGAGCCUUCUCCUCAGCUGCCCGCCGACCGCUUCUCACCCGAUUUUGUCGACUUCAUCUCCCAGUGUUUAAGUAAGAAGCCCAACGAGAGACCAGCUUAUUCAGAAUUAAUAAAACAUCCGUUUUUCACCCUGCAUGACUCCAAAGACACAGACGUGGCCAGUUUUGUCAAGGUCGUCCUGGACGACUGACGGGGGCGGCUUCUCCGUCACCGCUACGAUGGCCUACAUUUGUUUUUUUGUUUAUGAAAAAUCUCGAGAAUACCCCCCGAACCCCAGCUACUGGAAUGACAGACUCUCACGCCGACUGACGGCAACGCCGGAGCACGAGAGCGCUUCAUAAAGCAACUGGAGAGGUUUGACUCAAACUGAUAUGAACUCUUUUUACUUUUUUUUUGUUUGUCUGUAGCCCCCCCGCACCCCUCAACACUUCUUUACAGAGCCAGCCAUUUUUCUUUAAAUCGAUUUUCAAUAAUUUCCCUCUUUUACCGGAAGCUAUAUUUGCAUCAUUAGCAUCUCCUCAUACUGUAUUCCGUCGACAUUUGUGUGAAUUUCGGUCGGAUCGGCGCCGACGAGAAAGGAUCGAUCUCUCGACGACGCCCGGACUUGACUUGGCUCCUCCCCCGUUGCUAUGGAAACCACCUGGAAGUAUUCCAGGGACCAUCUAAUCAAGCUCACUGCAAAUUUUGUGUGCGUGCUGUUGUUUUGUUUUAAAUUUCUGAACUGCAUUAUGAUUUAUUUUGGGUUGCUUUUAAAGAAAAACUUUACAUACGAGGCACUGACGAAAUGUGAUGAUAACCAAACGCUCGCAACAAUCUGCGCUUUUUUCUGGAUUUUGUGGAACGCAAAAUGAGAGUACGGUAAUAUUACAUGCCAUUAACGGACGUUAAGUCCAUUUGAAUGAGGAGGGCUGGCAGUGAAAUCGGUUAACAUGUUUCGGUCUAGUUUCUUUCUAGUCACACAAUUUUGUUUGCACUUCCGGGAAGUUGACCCCACCCAUCAAAUUUAUAUAAAAAUGAUGUCAAUCGUUUGUGCUGCUGUUUUUGAGAUUUUAACAAUUCUUUUCAUAGGUCAAGCAGAGGUAAGCAGCCCCCAUUUUGAUUAAAAAAUGGUGUCAAUUGUUUGUGCUGUCUAAAUUGUUGUUUGUGCUGCAACGGUUUUGUAGUUAUUAUGCGUUUAUUAUGUAGUGAUGUCCCCCCAUUUACUGAAAAAUGGACCCGAAGUGGUAACAUUCGUUUAUGCUGUAAAAUUUUUCGUUUGUGCUGCUAUCAUUUUAUAGAUAUUGAGAUAUUUCGAGUAUUGACGCAGCCCUUUCGUUUCCUAACUCCCGCGGCUGAUGGAGCGUACCAAUUCUCUCAAUAACAGAGGGGUGUCUCAACAUCGAGCACGACGGAAUGGCACCACUUCGGGUCUAUUAUGCUGAAAAUGGGGUGCUGCGAGUGACGUAAUCCCUCGAAAUUAAAAUCUUACUGACUGCAAAUGGCCCUGAACUCGUUUGUGCAAGUUGUCGGGACACCCUUCUGUUUUGGAGAGUUUGUAUGCUCCAUCAUCAGCGGUAGUUAGGAUACGGAAGGGCUCCGAGUGAUGUCAACGCACGAAAUGUAUAUCUCAGAUAUUGAGACUGACGGAGCAUACCAACUCUCUCAAUAACAGAGGGGUGUCCGAAGAACUAGUACAAACGAAUAGCACCACUGCACGUGACGUCAUUACUCGAAAAUAAUAUCUCAAGCCCCCCAUUUACCGCAAAAUGGCCUCGAAUUCGUUUGUGCUAGUUGUCUGGACACCCCGCUGUUAUUGAGUUGGUACGCUCCGUCUGCCGUGGGACUUGGGAUACGGAAGGCCUGCGAGUGACCUCAACACUCGAAAUGAAUGUGCUGGCAUUGUUUUAUAAAUAUUGAGAUAUUCAUUUUGCGUGUUGAUAUCACUCGCAUCCCUUCCGUAUCCGAACUCCCCCUGCUGACAAAGCAUACCAACUCUCUCAAUAAAAGAGGGGUGUCCUAACAACCAGCACAAACGAUUGCCACCACUGUGAUGUCAUCACUCGAAACGAAUAUCUCAAGCUCCCCAUUUACUGCAAAAUGGCCUCAAAUUCGUUUGUGCUACGUUUGUGCUAGUUUUCGGAACACCCCUGCUAUUGAGAGAGUUGGUACGCACUGUCAGCCGCGGUAGUUGGGAUACGGAAGGGCUGCGAGUGUCGUCAACACUCGAAAUGAAUAUCUCAAUAUCUAUAAAACGAUAGCCGCAAAAACAAUGUUAUACAGGACAAACUAGUACAAACGAACGGCACCCGUUGGGUCCAUUUGUCUGUAAAUGGGGGGCUGCGAGUGACGUCAUCACUCGAAAUUAAUAUUUCAAGCCCCCCAUUUACUGCAAAAUGGCCUCGGAUUCAUUUGUGCUAGUUGUCGAUACACCCCUCUGUUAUUGAGAGAGUUGGUACACUCCGUCACUGUGAUGUCAUCACUCGAAACGAAUAUCUCAAGCUCCCCAUUUACUGCAAAAUGGCCUCAAAUUCGUUUGUGCUACGUUUGUGCUAGUUUUCGGAACACCCCUGCUAUUGAGAGAGUUGGUAUGCACUGUCAGCCGCGGUAGUUGGGAUACGGAAGGGCUGCGAGUGACGUCAACAAUCAAAAUAAAUAUCUCAAAAUCUAUGAAGCGAUAGCAGCAAAAACAAAAUUUUUUACAGCACAAAGGAACGGCACUACUUCGGGUCCAUUUUGCUGUAAAUAGGGGGCUGAGCGUGACGUCAUCACUUGAAAUUAAUAUCUCAAGCCCCCCAUUUAUUGCAAAAUGGCCUCAGAUUCGUUUGUGUUAAGUUUGUGCUACGUUUGUGCUAGAUCACACACCGUUUUUGAGAGUCUCUACGCUCCGUCAGCCGCGGGAAAUGGUAUAUGGAAGGGCUGCGAUUGACCCCAACACUUGAAAUGAAUAUCUCAAUAUCUAUAAAACGAUAGCACAAAUGUAGCACAAAUGAACAAUGCUAGUUCACGACCAUUUUGCUGAAAAUGGGGAGCUGCGAGUGACGUUAUCACUUGAAAUUAAUAUCUCCAGCCCCCCCAUUUAUUGCAAAAUGGCCUCAAAUUCGUUUGUGCUAGUUGUCGGGACACCCCUCUGUUAUUGAGAGAGUUGGUACGCUGCGUCAGCUGCGGGAGAUGGGAUACGUAAGGGCUGCGAGUGACGUCAACACUCGAAUAUCGCUAUCUACAAAAUGAUGGCAAACGAAACACAAACCAAAAUGUUUACAAGCUAGCCAGCUAGCACAAAUGAACAACGCCACUUAAGGUCCAUUUUGCAGUAAAUGGGGGGCUGAGAGUGACAUCAUCACUCGAAAAUAAUAUCUCAAUCCCCCCAUUUACCGCAAAAUGGCCUCGAAUUCGUUUGUGCUACGUUUGUGCUAAUUAUCUGGACACCCCUCUGUUAUUGAGUUGGUACGCUCCGUCAGCUGCGGGAGUUGAAUACAAAAGAGCUGCGAGUGACAUAAUUACUCAAAAUAGCACUAUCUACCACACAAUAGCAAACGAAACACAAAUGAAAAUUUUUACAAGCUAGCACAAAUGAACGUCGCCACUUCAGGUCUAUGUUACAGUAAAUGCAUCACUACAAAUUAAAAGCACAAACGAUUGACACCAUUUUUAGUCAAAAUGGGGUGCGAGUUGACCUCAGAUUGACCUAUGAAAAUUGUAAAUAGCUUAAAAAAAAAAAAAAAAACGGCAGCACAAACGAUUGACAUCAUUUUUAUAUAUUUGCGUCUGAUGGGGGGCCAACUUCUCGGAGGUAAUGAAUGCUUAUGACGGAUGUCAUUAAAUGUCAAUUUUGUCAUCAACUCCAUUUAUGUCAAUUCCAUAUCUUUUACACGCAUUCAUUUGCUGUGUUACCGAGCCUUGUAAUAUCACAUGCCGUCAUCGGACGUCAAAUCCAUUUGAACGAGGAGGGCUGGCAGUGAAUCAUCAGUUUCAGUGAGCCUUUCUUUCUAGUCACACACCUUUGUUUGCUUUGCCUUAUUAUGCCUUACACACACAGUAUGUUACGGGGAAUAAUUUAUAUGUUGAAGAUGUAAAUACUGUUUCCUUUUUCUUUUUUUUAAGUAACACUGUCCGUAAACCUGACAGUGCGGCUGAGUGGCAGUGUUUGGUAGUAGUUUGUUUUAAUGCAGUGUGACACGCACAUACAGUUGACACAAACACACACUCAUACAUUUAGUAUAUUCCCGCCGGGCUAGAGGACCGGCCAAUUUUGGAUGUGCUGCUCAGGUUUCUGUACUCUUUCCUCGAGCGCUCAGCCCGCGUCUAUGCAGAGUCACGCAUUAGGGCCCUCGAGUCUCCCCCGGUCCCACCCACAAGUGUUCGCAGACUGUGACCAUUUCAGUAGUGUUGCUCUGGUUUACACUGUAGUGCCACCUCCAUCCAAAUAAUUAUAUUUAAAAAAAAAAAAAAAAAGUAAGUCAAGAGUAUUUAUGAUAAGGGAAAGUUAGCAACACCACAAACAAGCUGCUGUUUAUUUUUCUCCUCUAAGAAAAAAAAGAUAAUGGAGUCCUUCCCUUGACGUGUCAGUGACUUUCUUUUCUUUUUUUUUUUUCCUUUCAUUUUUACACGGAUCACCACAAGAAUGGAACACUUGCUCUACCUCUUACUCCUUCACUCUUAUUUGCCACCUUUUCAUUUGGUGGGACUGACAAACUUGAACUGUGGAAAGACAAAAAAAAGAAAUAAAGGCUUUAUUGUUCAGUA